AAUUGUAGGAGGAGUCCGGAUAGAGGUUUUCAGAAGUGGGUUCCAGGGAUUUGGACAGCUAGUUCUUUCAAAACUGGGGCAUUGUAUCCCCGGCUUGGCGAUAUCUGGCAAGUGGCUGGUUCUCAGAAAGAGCAAUGGAAGAUGAAACAAAAAAUAAAAACCUGAAGGCAAUGUUUACCUGGACAGAGGUGCAAAAACACAAUGGGCAAGGUGAAAAAUGGUUGGUGAUCAACAGGAAAGUGUACAACAUUAGUGAAUUCUGUCAAAGACACCCUGGUGGAAAGAGGGUAAUCAGCCACUAUGCUGGUCAGGAUGCUACGGAUGCAUUUACUGCAUUUCAUUUGGACAAGCAAGUUGUAGGUCGUUACCUAAAGCCACUUCAGAUUGGAGAACUGGCCCCUGAAGAGCCCAGUAAUGAACCUGGCAAGAGUUUGGCUGUGAUAGAAGAUUUUCAGGAACUUCGGGUGUAUGUUGAACAGGCAGGGUUACUGAAACCAAACAAGUUGUUCUUCUUUCUAAUGCUGGUUCACAUCAUCCUUCUGGAUAUUGCAGCAUGGUUUACAUUGUGGCACUUUGGCACCUCCUGGCUUCCAUUUCUUGUUUCUGGAGUGUUGCUCAGCACUGUACAGGCACAAUCUGGAUGGCUACAGCAUGACUUUGGGCACCUUUCUGUCUUUAGAACUUCUCGCUGGAAUCACUUCUUACAUAAGUUUGUCAUUGGACAGCUCAAGGGAGCUCCAGCAAGCUGGUGGAAUCAUCUUCAUUUCCAGCACCAUGCAAAACCUAACUGCUUCCGUAAAGAUCCUGAUAUUAACAUGCAUCCACUAUUUUUUGCUUUGGGAAAAACCCUGGCUAUUGAGCUCGGAGUUCAGAAAAAGAAAUACAUGCCCUACCAACACCAACACAAAUAUUUCUUCUUGAUUGGCCCACCAGCUCUUUUACCUAUGUACUUUCAGUGGUAUAUCUUUUAUUUUGCAGUGAAACAGCAACAAUGGGUGGACCUGAUAUGGAUGCUUAGCUUCUACAUACGUUUCACCUGGAUCUACUUGCCAAUGCUUGGACUUCCGGCACUGCUGACUUUGUUCUUUCUUGUCAGAUUUCUUGAGAGCAACUGGUUUGUGUGGGUAACCCAGAUGAACCAUAUUCCAAUGGAGAUUGACCGUGACCAGAACAAGGAGUGGCUUGUCAUGCAGGUCCGGGCAACUUGCAAUGUUGAGCAGUCUCUUUUUAAUGACUGGUUUACAGGACACCUCAACUUUCAGAUUGAACAUCACUUGUUUCCAACGAUGCCUCGUCACAACUAUAAAACAGUAGCUCCACUUGUGAGGUCUCUGUGCAAGAAACAUGAUCUGAAUUACCAGUCAAAGCCUCUCCUGACUGCCUUCUCUGAUAUUGUACAUUCUCUUAAGGAGUCUGGGCAACUAUGGUAUGACGCCUACCUGCAUAAGUGAACUAAGCCAAAAUUGAUUGUGCUUGCCAACAGAACAUUCCAAGGAGUCUUGAUUUAGAAAUGUGCAGAAGAAGUGAUAAAUAAAGUCCUCUUUGAAAAUGAAA